CAAGACAGUUUCAAAAAUGUUGGAUCUACUCAUCUUGGUGGAAAAGGAGUUGUUGUGCCGACAGUCUAAACACACACACUUAUUGUUAGGAUGUGACUGGACACGCACAUUUCUGUUGUGGUCCUUGUGUUCCUUCUUUGUCUGUGGCUUUUGAUGGCAUGAAAUGAUUUGACGGAGGCAGUUGGAAUGAUAACAGGAAAACAGCACAACGGUGGCGAACCGCUUACAGGCGGGAGGAGUGAGAAGACGAUCUUUGUGAAGAAGCGGAAGAGAUCUCAAAGGAAAAUGGCGCACAUAAACGCUACGUGGGGUCAGUCUUCCUUCGAGGUUCGAAGUCGCUCGAUCGGCGAAUCGAAGGAUGGGAGAGGUGAAAAGCAAGACAAUGCCAACAGGACGACAUCAAACGGCAGCUCGCAGGAAGCAUCGGCGGGCGGUGGCAAAGGGCAGGUGUGUGGAUGGCGCCGCCGUCAUCGCCGACCUCGUCGGCUGCACCUGAAAGUGGAAACGCGGUCAUCAGGACCGCCAACGGUUGGUUUAGCACACGGUGCAGGUCUUCCCGGAUGCUGGAAAGACGGAGGAAACACUCAAGUAUGCUGGACACAGGCCGGCGAUAUCCUUCCUCCAUCCCAGGGGUGGUGUGACGACUGGUUUCUUAAUCCAGCUACCGUAUGGCGGCAGCAAACGGCAAGGGCCGAGACGUGGGGGCGGUGUCUGAUGCCUGCUGCAGGGCUUCUAGGAUCAUGGAAACAUGCCCUAGAGACUCAUCCUAUGCCAUCGCAGGGAUGGAUAGGUGAUCGAUCUCUCGCAAGUGGAGUUAGCAUCCCUCAGAAACUGUUUGCAAAACCUGCAACUGCAGGUCUGGGGAAAUGGAUUGCAGGGCAUCGCUUGUCCAUCCCUCGCCGAGAUUCGCCACUGCAAGAACUGGUUCCUUUCACACAGGUGCACGGUGCAGCCGAGGAGCCGCAAGGGCAUCCCAGCUGUCAUCCGCGUAAUUGGAGCUUGUUACAGAGCGGAAGCCUCCCUAGACAAAGUUUAGGGGUGCAGUUGUCCAUGUCGGAGAGAGUGAAUGCCACGUCAGAUAAGAAAACGUCAUCUCCAGCAGAAAAACCGACCGGAGACGGGAGUUGCAGCAUAUGGAGGCCUACUGCGCAGCGACCGGCUCCGCAAGGGUUACGGCUUGAUGGCCUGCUUGUGCCUGCACCACCAUGUCAGGGUAACGAAGCAGACAUCCAGCAGCUCUGUGGGGCGGUGCGAUCUGCGGGUGGAUCUGUGAGUCCGUCCACAAAUCGAUGCAAAGAUCAUCUGUUGCUGGGCAAAGGCACAGCGAUGGAUGUCGAGCAGGCGAUUCUUCUGCCACCGCGUACGUCGGCCUUCAGGACCGUUGCUCGCAAACGGCGUCAUUCCGAAGUCCAGCAGAAUAGCAUAUGCCGGCCCAUUGCACGGCGGCCAGUGGUGAAGUGCCCUGCACAGAAUUUGUCGUCAUUCAAUGACGAACUGCCAUUGUCGAAGGAUGAACACGAUGUUCGAGCCCAUUCUGCAAAACGGCUGGUGCUCGACGGAAGUGCAGACUCCGGGCGCAAGGGCGAGGCCCACCCUUGUCGCGAGUCGCACCUUGAGAUGCAGCAACAGCAGGCGCCGCUUGGGCUUGAGCAUCAGGAGCAUCAGGACCAUUCUGAUGGGAUGAGUCCAUUGCAGGGUGGCAGCAAUUGCCGGAGAGGUGUUUGGCAAAUGAACCCCUGGUCGGUAGGGCGAGUGGAAUUUACUGUGACGCCACCCUGGGAGCAGAGGCCUGCCAGUUCUCAGACUGUCGUUGGGGACCCAUUGCUGCAGGACGAAGGUGCAGUUUCUCUGCGUGAUGCGCUGGCAUCACACAAAGUUGCAAUCGCGUCUCACAAUGAUGGUCGUGCGUCUGACGUGCAGGAUAACAAGAUUGAUGCGAACAGCGCUCCGAGCAGUGGCAUGAGCCUGCAGAGAUGUAGUCCUUCGCCGAGUCCAUGUCGACCUGUCCCAGUUGAUCUGGCAGGACAAGCUGAGGCAACCGCUUGUGAAGGGCUGUCGAUUGCCGAGGAUGAACAGAGAGACGUGCACCGUAGCAAUUCUUAUGUUUGCUGUUCUGCAUCUGGGACUGAUGCCUACUGGAACAGAGUUAAGGAUCACAGGAAAGACCGGGCAGCCACGUGGAGCAGCGGUAUGAGCGACUGUGGGCAGGUGAUAGGACGAGGGGUCAGCAGUAAAGACGACGAGGUGGUAGCGUGCGGGACGCAGGAGGAGAAAGCGGUUGCAGAGAGAUGGAGGGCACAGAAAGGGGCGGUACUGGAUGGGGGAGUAGGAGUGUGCAAUAAUGGAGAGAGCGAACGUGUAGCACGAGGAGAGAGUGCAAAGGAAGGAGGUAGAAGACAGGAGUUAGGAGAAGGGAGAUGUAUCAUAGAGGGAGAGGAAGGAGCAAGCAGAGAGAGUGUGCGGGAUGCAGGAGGAGGUAGCGAUUGCAGAGGGAUGGAGGAGGAUACAGAAAGGCGCGAUACUGGUCCGACUAGCAUCGAAGAGGUCAGUGGAGCAAGUGAAAGGGUAGCACGAGGAGAGAGUAACAAUGGAGAUAAGAAAGAUGAUCUGCGGAGAGGGAGCAGUUGGGGAGAGGGAGAGCAGGGAGCAAACAGAGAAAGCACACAUGAAGCAGGAGGAGGGAGCGAUUGCAGAGAGAUGGAGGAGGAAGCAGGAAGGGGGUUGGAAGAGAGAGAGAAGGGAGCAAACAGAGAGAGCGCUCAUGAAGCAGGAGUAGGGAUGGAUUGCAGGGAAACGGAGGAGGAAACAGGAGGGAGUUUGGAGGAGAGAGAACGGGGAUCAAGCAGAGAUAGCACACAUGGAGCAGGAGGAGGGAGCGAUUGCAGAGAGAUGGAGGAGGAAGCAGGAAGGGCUUUGGAAGAGAGAGAGAAGGGAGCAAACAGAGAGAGCGCUCAUGAAGCAGGAGUAGGGAUCGAUUGCAGGGAGACGGAGGAGGAAACAGGAAGGAGUUUGGAGGAGAGAGAGCGAGGAUCAAACAGAGAUAGCAUACAUGGAGCAGGAGGGAGUGAUUGCGGAGAGAUGGAGGAGGAAGCAGGAAGGGGGUUGGAAGAGAGAGAGCAGGGAUGUAGUAAAGAUAGUGCACAUGAAGCGGGAGGAGGGAGCGAUUGCAGAGAGAUGGAGGAGGAAACGGGAAGGGGCGAUACGGGAGGGAACUGGUCCGAAGGGAUAAGUACAGGAGGGAGGAAAAUCGGUUGGAACGACGGUGGAGACAGGGAGCAGAGACCGAGCACAGGUAUCACAGAGGACCCGGGAGAAGGGACCAACAGCGGCAGAGAGAUGGGGGAGGAAGUAGAAAGGACUGCUGAAGGGCACAGUACAGGAGAGCACGAUCGGUUAGCGAAGAGCGAUGGCGAGCAGGACGGAGGAGGAGGGAGCAGCGUCACGGAGAUGGGGCAAGGCGCAGCAGGGAGCGAUAACGGAGAGAGGCAACAGGCAGAACCAGAUAAUGGGCAGGAUAGGGGAGAGAGGAGCCAUAGCGAAGAGCAGGAAGGCAACACAGACAGCUGCAGACGGGAAGCGGAUGGAGGGAGAGAUAGUGGGGAGGUGGUAGAGGGAUCAGGAAGGAGUGCUACGGUCGACAGACAGCAGGCGCCAGGGGAGAGUUCUCACAGAGAAAGAGAGCAGGGGGGAGAAAGACUGAAGGAAUUGAUGGUAGGAGGAGCGGGUAAUAGUCAGUCGGUCGUGGCAAGGGUAGAGUCUGAUGGGAGGUGGAAGCCUACAUCCGCCGUGUCCAAUAAGGUUGUUGCUGCAAAAGGCGAAAAUGCCGCUGAGGCAGCAGAGAGGGAUUCUCUCAAUUCUGUGGAAGCCAUACUUUUGGUAAGAGUAAACCAAAAUAUUAUGAUGAUUUAAAAUACAAAUCCAAGGCGUCAACAACAAAAUCACUACCUAACAAAUGUGUUUUUUUUUUGGGGGGGGUCUUGCAGUUGACAAGGAGUUUAGCAGAAAACAAAAGCCUUCUCCUCUC